AUGCGUGUGACCUUAGUGGUCCUAACAUACAUAUUACAAGCAUUAUCCGAUCCUUAUCCAUAUUCGUGGAAUAUUGGUGAUGUCAAUCUCACAUGUGAAUUAGGAUAUCCUGGGUGGAAACAAGCUGGAACAUCGUGUUUCUUUCCAUUUCUUAAUAAAAAUCAAACAUGGUAUGAUGGGAAUCAAAUGUGCAGAAACUAUGUAUUCAGCUACAGUUACGGUACAAAACUUCAAAACUGGUUAAUCGCCCGAUCACUCUUGAAUUCUAUACCGCGUAAUGUUUAUUGGACAGGCCUACGAGGUUCAGAAAACCCCAAUGAGCUUCAAAUAAGUUGGGAGUUUGUGGAAACGAGCAUCUACAAUCCUAUAUGGGCCUUCGAUCAACCUCAACACGGGGAAUCCGGAGAAAAAUGCGUGGCUUUGGACCUGUUGUCGGAGCGAAGCGUCGGCUGGCGGAUGUUCAACUGCAGCGAGCUGUUGCCCGUGUUAUGCGAAACAUUCGCAUGCCUAGAAAGUGAAUUUCGCUGUAACGACAACUCUCGUUGUGUUCCAAAGAGCGCUGUUAUGGACGGUGUCAUCGAUUGUGGCGACGGAUCAGAUGAAAAGAAUAAGACGGCAAUAGCUAUGCGGAGUAGCAAUCUCAUCAUGUCAAAUUAUGGUUGUCGUGAUAUUACUAUGACGUCACCAAAAGGACGGAUCGUCUCACCGAAUUAUCCGCAAAACUAUGACGAAAGAACAUUUUGCAAAUGGGAAAUUAUUGCUCCACAUGGUCAAGUGGUAACUCUUAAUGUGGAGGAAGUCCAGUUGACAGCCGAUGACAUCCUUAUUGUUGAAGAAACUGAUGGGAAACUGUCGGUCGUGAAUAUCAGCACUCCAUUCUCGUAUGUCUCCAGGUCAAAUUCACUAAAAGUACAGUUUUCUAGUGGAGUGCACGGGACCGCAAAGGGAUUCUCCAUGUAUUAUUACAUGAAAGAAAAUUCACGGACUUUCUGUCCUCUUCCGGUGAUCCAGAAUGGCUUCGUUACUUCAGUGGUGCCCCUUUUUUCGAAUUCAUCGUACAACAUUGGUACGGAAUUGUUCUACGGAUGCAAUUUUGGCUUUGUAAGAACUGCCUCCGUAGCGAUUUGCGAAAAUGGCGAGUGGACACCACCGCCCCUCUGCACAAUUGGCAGGUGUGCUGAUCCAGAUCCUUACUAUCGCGGUGUUCAACUUCGUAAUUUAACUGGAAACGAGACUUGGACUGCUUUGACGUCCGCGUUUUACAUCCCUCCACCACUGCCAGGGCCAAUAAAUCCUUUCCGUAUUUGUUAUUCGACAUCUGAUUCUUACGUGUGGAAUGACUUUAAUUUUAAUUUCGACAAGCCAGUCUGUCCUGCUUAUCUUGUGAAUAAUGGAUUUUUCAACAAACAGUAUUACAACGAUGGUGAAUACGGUUCUAUAGUUUGUUCGAAAGGUUACGAAAUUAUGUCGCAACCGGUGUGCAGAGGAAAGGAUUGGACAUUUUAUAAUGCUACAUGUACUGAUAUCAACGAGUGUAAUGGUCGUAAUCACAUGUGCGACCCGGAUGCUGUAUGUAAAAACCUCCCUGGCGGAUACACUUGCGUGUGCCCUCCGGGGAAAAUCCUCUACACCAAUCAAACUAAUGUAGACAGGCGCUACUUAAUUAGCGGAGUAUCUUGCAUCUGGAGUAUGUGUGCGUAUAGAGAUUUGAUUCAGGGCGAAGGAUGGGUUACUGUUGAUCAGAAAGACUACUACAGGCAUACCGAGUCAGCGACAUUUUUAUGCAACGUGUCCGAUCAUCUUUUUGUGGAGUUCAGAGCACGUUGCUCGUAUGGUGUUUGGAGAGUUCCCAAGAACCCUUGCCUGGAGACAUGUGCGAAAGUUUUUGGAAGUGAAGAUUUGAUUUCCGAGACGGGUCAGGCCGCCAUUUUCGACCGUGCUCACGUCCUGUGUAGGAACUCCAGCCAGAUUAUGAUUGGUUCAGGAGAAAUUAUUUGCGGUCGCCAUGGUCGUUGGCUAUCCAAGCCGAUAUGUAGAGCUCUCCAUUGUCCUGUUCUCAACGAAGUUAUUGAUGAGUCACUACAGAUUUAUGCCAGCGACAACAUAGAUAGGAACCUGGUUGGAAACACGCUUCAUUUCAAAUGCAUUAGAGGUCGUUUGGAGGGUCCCAGUAGUAUCACCUGUAACAGAGAAGGUAUGUUUGGUGCAGUCUGGUCCGCCCCACCACCAAUUUGCAACACAUCUUUCUCUGCAAAUUUCCCCAGUUCCGGCGUCACUUAUGAAGAAUGGACAGUAUCAGGACCACCAAACAUUUGGUUUCACUCCUCCGAUUGGAGUCGAUUCAAUUCAUCAUGGGUAGGAUUUUCUUCACUUCUACCUGAAUCGUUUCUCAUCUCUCCUGUUAUCGUUCCAAAAAGUGACUCGUUGAAGAUCAUCGUACACAUACAGCGACUCGUUGGAACAGUUUUAAUUGGCACAUAUUCGAGCUCUUCAUUACACACUCCUCGUCCUAAAGAUUUCAAUGUUGUGGCGACAGCCACGAAACCUGGGUUUAUUGAGGUGUCCCUCGAGAGCUUUGGGAAAUUCUUGCGAAUUUGUAUUCAAAAAACUGGAACAUCAACGAUAUCGUCCGUAAAACUGCUCUACAUGCAAUGUCUUGCGACUUCUGUAGGUGGUCUGUCAUUGAACAAGUCGUAUACAUUCUCGAAACCUCGUCAAAUUCCGGUGAAAUGUGGUUUUGGUUCCAACCAAGCUAUCGUGACAGCUGUCUGUAAGCCGCUUACGGGAUGGUGGAUACAAGAACCAAAUCCGUGCUGUCCACAAUGUUCAUUGGUUCAAGAGGACCAUCCUGUUGCUUGCACACAUAACGAUUGCGCUAAUGGGAGAUGUUUCAUCGAGAAUGGUGUGAAAAAGUGUGACUGCUUCACAGGUUUCCAUUUUUCAAACGGAACUUGCGAGCCGUCAUCAUGUGAACACUUUUUCUGUGCUUCAACAGGGAGAGGAAAAUGCAUCGAACGAAAUGGUUCCGGACAGUGUCGUUGUGGAAAUGGAUUUAAUGGUAGCCUCUUUUGUGAGCGAGAGUCUGAGGAAUGUUCGGGUUGUGAGGCACCAUAUCUCUGCCUACCCAUACUAUCCGAAGAAGACGAUGCUGUACGGCAUCAGUGUGUCUGUAUAGGGUAUUCUUGUGAAUGUGAAGAAGGCUGGGUAGGACAAGAUUGUAGUUCUCAAGGAACAAAAAGUGGGAAUAAUCAGGAUAACAUUGUUAAAAGAAACUACAUCUCUAGGUGUGGUUCCCCGAUAUGUGAACCCGUUGACCAUUGUGCUAAUCUGACUUGCGUUCACGGAGUUUGUGAGCCAUCGGAAGGUGGCUAUUCUUGUCGCUGCUCCCCAGGGUACGAAGGGGAGCACUGUCAGAAGAAAGUAGACAAAUGUUCGGUUUGGGAUCCAUGUCAACAGGGAACUUGUGUAGACGUCAGCGGUGGAUUUUGGUGCGAUUGUUCCAGGGGAUGGCUAGGCACAUAUUGUGAAAUACAAAUAGAUCUCUGUAAUACUUGUAACCCUUGUCUGAAUGGUGGACGAUGUCGAGGUGAAUUUCCAGGCAUAAGGUUGUGUGAAUGCAAGGAUGGAUAUAGAGGUGAAUCGUGUGGAGGAGAGAUACAGUACUGCGUCCAUAGUCCAUGUUUAAACAACGGAUCUUGCAUUGAGCUGUACAGCGAAGGCUACAAAUGUAGCUGUCAAGAAGGUUUUACCGGAACGAACUGUGAAACGAUCAACAAUCUUUGCGAUAACUGGCGCUGUGAGAAUGAUGGGACAUGUGUGUUAAAAGAUCAUCAGCCAUUGUGUUACUGCCCUGUUGAAUAUACUGGAGAACACUGCGAAGUUCAUGUGUCGGAUCCAUGUGAGGAAUACUUCUGCGAAAAUGGCGGGACUUGCAUUGCAGUUGACGGUAGAGCAAGUUGCUUGUGUCCCACUAACAGUACUGGUGAACAUUGUGAGAAUGUACUGUGUACUGAGAACUACUGUUUGAAUGAUGGCAUAUGUUCAGUGAUCAAUAACACUCUAUAUUGCAAAUGUAAGCCAUAUUUCACUGGGUCCCGCUGCGAGACGAAAUUGAGCUUUUGUGCGAAUGUGACAUGCCAGCAUGGUGGCACUUGUCAUGAGCGAGAUGGUGAAGCGGUUUGUGAAUGUGAACCGAACUACUCGGGAAAAUGGUGUGAAACGCAUGUGGAUCUCUGUGAGGGUUUCGAGUGCAAAAACAAUGGUACCUGUGCGGAGGAUGAUAACAGAGCUGUAUGUAUAUGUCCAUCGGGAUACGGUGGUUCUCAUUGCGAAGAAGAAUGGAUAAAGUGUGAUGAGUUUCCUAAUCCAUUGCAAUGUUUUAAUGGUGGAACGUGCGUGGUAACUAAUCAUGAACAGCGUUGUGAAUGCAGUGUUGAUUUUUUUGGAACUAACUGUGAAAUUUUUGGGCGAUCAUGCGCCUUUAUCACGUGCAAUUCUGGAACUUGUUUCAACGACACAGAUUUUCAAGGACAUUGUAUUUGUCCACCCGAGUAUACUGGAGAGUUUUGUGAAACAAAGAAAACUUCAUCUUACAAUCUCUUCUUCAAUGGCUUUCCAUCGACUCAGAAAGUCGUGUCACGAGAUUUCCAAUCCACGUUUUUGAGAGAAUUUACACUUUGUGGAUGGGUUUUCUACGCACCUCAGUCGCAAGUUGCUGGAAAUGUCCAACUGUCACCUUAUUUGCAGUUGAAUACCACCGCUGGUGCUCCGAUUUUAUCACUUGACAACACUGGCGUAACGAUCAAUAACAACUUUCAUAUUUCUGUCCCAAUAUCUGUGAUGGCAUGGCAUCAUAUUUGUGUCCGAAGCCCAAACUAUCCGUACAACGAACGUCCCACAUGGACCACAUUUCUAGAUGGAGUUUUCGCGGCUAACGCUAGUUAUGAGGAAAUUAGUGUGAGCGCAGACAUUCGAUGUCAGUUAUACCUUAGCCCACUUGAAACAAACCGUUUCAGAGGAGAAAUCAGUCUAGUUCAGCUCUACACUUCAUAUCUCGGCGAUGUGGAGGUGGCGAAAAUGGCGUUUCAGUGUCGCGACUGGAUGGCUUUACAGCAUCCAGAUUUACAGUUGAGAUGGUCAGAUUUCACCACCAUUCAAAGAAAUAACCCUGGAGUUAUGGCGCUUUAUCCUGGGCUAUGCGAUGUAUCUGACUGUUUGCCAGGAAGACCCAAUUGUAAUACAAAAGACAAAAUCCCUCCAUUAGUGCGAUCGUGUCCCCGUGACAUACGUAGCGUAUCCUCCAGUCGACUUGUCAAGGUUGAAUGGGACACAAAGAAUAUGUUCGUGGAUAACGUUGGAGUUGUUUCGAUCAAGAGUAACUAUCGCAGUGGACAAACUUUUACAUGGGGCUACUAUCGUGUUGUUUAUGUUGCAAGCGAUGCAGCUGGGAACUUGGCCUUCUGUUCAUUCUCAGUAGUUGUUUCUCCAGUGGAAUGUGAAAUACCUAAGGCAGAUAUCCAAUUACAAGGCAAUGCCACAUUCGAAAACGUGAAUAGCACGGAUGCAAUUAUGAAAGCACAAGUAGACUGCAUAGAUAAGUACUAUCCAAGAGCUGAUCCGGAGUUCUACGUUUGUGAUAUAAUGGGCCAAUGGGACCGAUCGAAUUUUUGGCCAACAAAUCGUACCUAUUCCUUUCCUUCUUGUGGUAUGACUACCUAUCCAACGCAGAACAUAAAUGGGACGCUUGAAGACUACGGGAAUUGUACAAUGAUUCGACAACGUCUUUUGGAUUCUCUACUGAACGACUUGGAACCGUAUUGUGGGAACUGCACAGGGCAAAUAUUCGUCAAUCCCAACUGUCAUGUUCAAAGUCCACAGAGGAAAUCCAGGAGUAUCCGUGAUCAACUAUUUAAUUUUAAUUUUUACGUCAAUAUUAAUAGCACAAGGGAUCUUCUCAAGAACACAAUCAGUAACUCCCUAGAAAAGGAAUUCCCCAACUCAACUUUGUCAAUCAAUGAAGAUAUAAGUUGUGAUGCGAAAUAUCCACAUUUCAGCCGAAAUGAAGAGAUAGGAAGUUGUGCGGACUGCUCUGCUGGUCACUACUGGGACGAGGAUCACUGUGUGGAGUGUCCCGUAGACACGUAUAGAGGAAGAAGUGAUCCCUUAGAGAAAUGUAACAAAUGUCCUGAAAACACUACUACGUCAGGGUUAAUAGGUCAAAAGAAUGAAGAUGCUUGUCAUGAAAUCUGUGAUACUGGUGAAUACUACGAUGAGUGGUUGAGGAAAUGUCUUCCUUGUCCGUUGGGAACUUACCAGGAGAAACGAGGAAGUGUCUCUUGUCUACCAUGCGCCGCAGACACCACUACUGGUUUCAUUGGAGCAAAGAAUGCUACCGAUUGCUCGUUUAAAUGUGGAGCCGGCCAAGAACUUGAUGCCGAAGGUCGUUGUGUUCCUUGCGCUAGAGGGACAUACUGGGUGAGCACAAACCAAUUCGCCGGAUGUGUUGAAUGCCCGCUGGGUUUGACCACGGUAUCAACAGCAUCGAAAGACAUAGGAGGUUGUGAAGUGGUCAAUUGUCCUGUCGGUACCCAUGUGAAUACAAAUCGGCCGACACCAGUCGCGCCUAGUACUCCUUUUUCUUCGUUGUGUGUCACUUGUGAAAUAGGCACUUAUCAAGACCAGAGUAACCAAACGAAAUGCAAGCCGUGCACAUCGCAGAGCAACUGUGACCUGGUUAACGGGUGUUCUCCGCUCCUAGCGGAUUCCUGUCCUACGGGCGAGACAUGUGAGAAAACGAAUGCAGGGGUAUACUCAUGUUCGAGUGUUACUAUCCAACCGGCUUCUACUGGGAAUGAAUGGAUUCUUUGGAUUAUUAUUCCUAUAGUGGCUUUAGUGAUUUUAUUAGCCGUAGGACUAGUGCUGUGGUUCCAUAGACACGCGUUAUAUACUAUGAUGUGUUGCACGAAAUUAAGCCUUAAAAGUAUGGAGUCGACGAACUACUACCGCAAUUCAGCUGUUCCUGUACUUCCUCAGCGGCGUGAUCACGAAAAUAACGAAUAUAGGAGUUAUCCACCUCGAAAUCAGACAGCCCAACUGACACCAGUGCAACCUGCACAACCCACCACAACCAUACAGAGGCAUUCAUCGUUUAGAGAGUCCAUGAGGGCACGCCUCCGCGAACAUCAUCUACCUCCGCCAAUUAUCACCUCAAGAGUGGAGUUGGACCUGUUGGAGCAGCAAGCUAGGAGACAGAGCAUAAUCAUGGGAGUGAUUCCUACACCGAGUAGGAAUCUAGGAAGUCAGAUAGCUGUAGGAUAUUCCCCAGAAUCGCCAGGACCGUCCAUAUCGGCUCAAAUAACAGCGUCAAAGUUUACAACUCAGGACGAAGUUGACCAACACCCUCCUCUAUACGAGUUACCGGAAAAUGCUUCAAACAGUUACUCACUUCACAGAGCGGAAUCGUCGCCGUAUGAUGAAUCAAAUGCAUUUGAAGAAGAUGAUGAUGAGGACUAUUUUGGCUGA